AUACCAUCCAUCACCCAUCAUCCACAUCAUGCCCGUCGACAAGCUCAAGCCAAAUGACCCGCGGGUCCAGUCCGCCACGGCCAACCUGCGCGGAAGGACAUACCACUAUCUCCACGGUAAGCCCUCAGGCACCAUCAAGGGCACCGUCCUGCUCGUCCACGGCUGGCCCGACCUCUCCUUUGGUUGGCGCCACCAGGUGCCCCUGCUGCUCUCCCUCGGCCUCGAGGUGAUCGUGCCCGACUGUCUCGGCUACGGCGGCACCGAUGCACCCCAGGAUCUGGCCCUGUACAGUCUCAAGUCCGUCUGCGACGACUUCGCCGAGCUCGUGCGGCAGAUCUGCGGGCCCGACGGCCAGAUCAUCCUCGGCGGCCACGACUGGGGCGGCAUGUUGGUCUGGCGUUUCGCCCUGUGGCACCCGGAGCUGCUCAAGGGCGUCUUCAGCAUCUGCACCCCUUAUGUGCCCCCUUCCCCCGUCUUCAUCGACAUCCCAGACAUGAUCAAGAGGCUGCCCAACUUUUCAUACCAGGCGCAGCUCGCCGGGCCCGACGUGGAGCGCGAGAUCGGCAGCGACCCGGACAAGAUCCGCGGCUGGCUCAAGGGUAUGUAUGGUGCGCAGGGCCCCGCGGGCGAGCACGUCUUCUCGGUAGAAAAGGGCGUGUUCUUUGAGAACAUUGACAAGAUGGGCGACUGCCCCCUGCUGAACGCUGAGGAGGUCGACUUCUACGUGCAGCAGUACGCGAGGAACGGCGUCCGGGGCCCGCUGAACUGGUACCGCACGCGCAAGAUCAACUACGAGGAAGAGCUGGCGCUGCUCAAGGACGGGCAGCAGCCCAAGAUCAAGAUCCCAUCCCUGAUGGUCACUGCGGCUCAGGACGCUGCGCUGCUGCCGUCCAUGGCGGCGGGUAUGGACGCUUUCUUUGAGAACCUGACGAAGGCUUCGGUCGACGGGACGCACUGGGCGCUGUGGGCGCCGUGGGCGGAGCAGACGAAUGGGAAAAUUGAGAAGUUUGUUCAGGAUCUGCUGAGUGGUUCGGCCAAGGCGUCGAUUUGAGAAAGUCUUUCCCCUCCGAGGAUAAGAUCUCAUACAUAGUUAUGCAUGUGUAUUUCUCAUCAAGGGAUGUGGUAGGAGACUUGGUCCAUCAAAAACCCAAGUAGAGGUAGCCGCCUCCACUACCAUCACCAUCGUCACAUGAAGAUGUCGUCAAAUCAUGGAUCCAAAGUUCAUGCU